GAUUCCCCGCCCCACAGUUCUGGCCACCGUCCCGGUGCGCACGGACGUGGCUCGAGUUUCCUCGGCUCUCCGCUCUUUCUCGCUUUUCCCCCUCCCGCUCUUCUUCCUCUCCUGGGCUCGGGCUCCAGCUCCAGCUCCACCCGGCCGGCCCCGCACGGCUCCGGGUAGUCAUGGAGGACACCCAGCUCCAUAUCAUCGAGCAGCCGCUUCCCGGGUACCCCGAAGUCGGGGACCCGGGGUCCUCCCCUACGGGGGCGCCAGCGGCGGAGGAGCCGUCAGGGGCCGGCUCCGAGGAGCUGAUCAAGUCAGACCAGGUGAACGGCGUGCUGGUGCUGAGCCUUCUGGACAAAAUCAUUGGCGCCGUCGACCAGAUCCAGCUGACCCAAGCCCAGCUGGAGGAACGGCAGGCGGAGAUGGAGGGCGCCGUGCAGAGCAUCCAGGGCGAGUUGAGCAAGCUGGGCAAGGCACACGCCACCACCAGCAACACCGUGAGCAAGUUGCUGGAGAAGGUGCGCAAGGUCAGCGUCAACGUGAAGACCGUGCGCGGCAGCCUGGAGCGCCAGGCAGGCCAGAUCAAGAAGCUGGAGGUCAACGAGGCGGAGCUGCUUCGGCGCCGCAACUUUAAAGUCAUGAUCUACCAGGAUGAAGUGAAACUGCCGGCCAAGGUGAGCAUCAGCAAGUCGCUGAAAGAAGCGGAGGCGCUGCCCGAGAAGGAGGGCGACGAGCUGGGCGAAGGCGAGCGGCCCGAGGAGGACGCGGCGGCGCUCGAGCUGUCCUCCGACGAGGCGGUGGAGGUGGAGGAGGUCAUCGAGGAGUCGCGCGCCGAGCGCAUCAAGCGCAGCGGCCUGCGGCGCGUGGACGACUUCAAGAAGGCCUUCUCCAAGGAGAAGAUGGAGAAGACCAAGGUGCGCACCCGCGAAAACCUGGAGAAGACCCGCCUCAAGACCAAAGAGAACCUGGAGAAGACGCGGCACACGCUGGAGAAGCGCAUGAACAAGCUGGGCACGCGCCUCGUCCCCGCCGAGCGACGCGAGAAGCUCAAGACCUCGCGAGACAAGCUGCGCAAGUCCUUCACGCCCGACCACGUGGUCUACGCGCGCUCCAAGACGGCGGUGUACAAGGUGCCGCCCUUCACCUUCCACGUCAAGAAGAUCCGCGAGGGCGAGGUGGAGGUGCUGAAGGCCACUGAGAUGGUGGAGGUGGGUGCUGAUGACGACGAGGGAGGAGCGGAGCGCGGCGAGGCGGCCGACCUGCUGCGCGGGAGCAGCCCCGACGUGCACACGCUGCUGGAGAUCACCGAGGAGUCGGACGCCGUGCUGGUGGACAAGAGCGACAGCGACUGAGCGGACGCGGGGCUCUGCCCAGGAGGCCGCGCCACCCCGCCCCGCCUCUCCCUGCCCCCCCCCCCCGCCUUCCCCCCCC